GGCACACUAUCCCAGCAUCACGAGGUAAUCGAGUGAGAGCACUUGCGCACUAGCACUAUGCCGCAUAGCAAGGGCAUCUACAGCACAGUAUCGUAACCGCAUGUUGAUUAUCGAUGCCUCAAUUCAACAUCCCAAUGUUCUCAAGUUGGAUUUGAGUACCUGCUCCAGAUAUACUUUCCCCCUCGCCGACGAUAGAAGACCGAACCUGCCAUAAUUUACGGCACUGCAUAUACAGGACUGCGAUUUAUCAAGACAGGAUUCCAACGAACAUGUUACAGAGGAGGCAAUGGCACAGCAUGGAGUUCGCACACCACAACCAACGGCUCGACGCCAAACCCUGGUCUGGAAGUAUGGACAUGGAGUGGAGGGCAAGAAAUCUGACGUGCGAGGAGGCUUGGCUCCUUCCUAUAUCUCUAUGUGAUGACUGCUCUUUCAGACUAGAUCCCGAUACGGAGGAGGUACUUAUAUCAGAGACUGACACUCGUCCAGCCCCGCAUCUCAUGAGCUUUCCAUCAGCUGCACCCAGAUCGACGAACAUCAGUUUGCUUUACACUACAGAAAAACACCACUGUGAGAAACGUGAGACUACUCACGAGAUCUUACAAACGACAAGCAACUGCUUCGAGCAGCCCUUCGAACCCAGCCACGCGGUGGCUGUGGCCACAAACCUCAAUGAAAGCCAUCGUGCCUGCUAUCACGGCUUCUUCGCACCAGGACAUAUUGUUUGGAAGGAUGCAUAUGACUAUAUAUAGCCGUCAGAGAGUAUCAUAAUGCGAAAGAGAAGCAAUUGGCAAGGUUGUCAUUCAGUGAAAAUUGAUCACAGAGAGAAGCCA